UCCAGCAGCAUCAGUUCCUCAACUGACCAGCAGCUUGCCAGGCUCAUCCAUUUUCCGCGAUCGAAAAUGAAAUUCUUGAUCCUGUUAUUGGCCUCUCUGUUGGCUCUGGCCGCCGCCGAGCAACCGGAAGCGGAUCUCAGCACCAACGUCAAAGUUCUUCCUGACCAGAGCGUCGCCGAAUGGAAUCGCCGUACUUACUACGGCCACUAUUACAACCCUUAUGGCUACUAUGGACACGGAUACUGGCGUGGACGACGAUCCAUCGAUGAAAAGAAAACGGAAGGAGCUGCCAAAAUUGGUGAUGCUGAUCAGGAUGUCAACGAAUGGCACAAUCGUGGCUACUAUGGUCGUUAUCCACGCCCAUCUUAUUAUCGUCACCACUACGGGCACCAUCGUGGACGUCGUGACGCCAGCCAAGACCAGGCGACGCAGGAAACCUAUUACCCCGGGUGGGGAUCUCAUCGUGGAAACAACUACGGUGGAUAUCCUUAUCGCCAGCAUUCUUAUUACCAUGGCCACUUUUCACCAUCGUCUUAUUCUUAUUCCUACCGUCACUGAAUAAGAACCUGCAACUCACGACAAGGAGGUUUCACCAAUACUUUUCUUUGACAUUUUUGGGGUGCAACACUUGGACUUUUGGACCGCGUCUUACUGCUUUGACUUAUUCAUUGGUUUACUUUUGCGUGAAAUGUAAUACACCGUUUUGACGUUGUUGCAAACAAUAAUACACACUCUUUGACUCUUUGUUUACGUCUAA